CCGAAAAAAUAAACAGAUAUGAAUUUGGUACUCCGAUCCCAUUAAUAUCUGGGCCUUUAUUUCUAUUCCUUCCUCGUUUCUGACUUCUGUCAUCUCAUUUUAUCACAGAUUCACAGUUGGAAGAAGAAAAAUUAGAUUUAAAAGGAAAAAAACCCCAAAAAUCAGAGAAACGGGGAAGGAGAGAGAAUGGAGCACCACACAACCACGAGCCGAGCUGAAGCGGAACGGCUGCUGGGCGUCUCAGAGAAGCUGCUUCUGAAGAAGGACUAUUCCGGCUGCAAAGACUUCGCGCUGCUGGCUCAAGAAACCGAGCCUUUGCUCGAAGGCUCCGAUCAGAUCUUGGCCGUGGCCGAGGUCCACUUGGCGUCCGCCAGGAAGAUCCAGAACCACCACGACUGGUACGCAAUUCUGCAAAUCGGGGGCCGGACUGACGAUGCGGAGCAGAUCAAGAAGCAGUACCGCCGCCUCGCCCUCCUUCUCCACCCCGACAAGAACAAGUUCGAGUUCGCCGACGCCGCCUUCGGCCUCGUCGCCGAUGCAUGGGCCGUCCUAUCAGAUCCGACGAAGAAGGCGCUGUUCGACAACGAGUUAUCGGUCUAUCAAAAGGUCGAUCUGGUGCCGAAGAGGAAACCGGCGGCACGCCAGCCUGGAUCCGCAGAGGCAGCGCGUGGAUCUGAGGACGCCGGCCAUAAACUCCCGGUGAGGAGAAGCUCGCGAGUAAGUAAUAAUAACGAGAACAGUAACGAAGGCAACGAGAUUCACAACAAUUUCACUCCCAACAACAUCAACAGUGGGAACAAUCAGAGUGGGGGCGAGAAGAUGAACCCUAGGAGUGUCAGUAGCGGGGCGAGAUCUCAAAGGUCCACCUUUUGGUCUGUUUGUCCCUACUGUUACAAUCUGUAUGAGUACGAGAGGCGUUAUGCAGGGUGCUGUUUGAGGUGUGAGAAUUGCGAGAAGGCAUUCACAGCUGCAGAGAUACGACAGAUGCCGCCUCGGGUGCCUGGGAAGAAUGCUUAUUAUUGCUGUUGGGGAUUCUUCCCAAUGGGGUUCGUGACGGGAAACACUGAUGUGAAGAAGAGCAUUUCCACUUCUGCUGCUGCCGUCAAUGGCUUUCCGAAUUGGAUGCCUCAGAUGUUUCCCGGUGGAGGAGGAGGAGGAGGAGGAGGAGCACCACCACCCACUGCCGCUGCAGACGGUGGCAGUGCUGCUACUGCGGCGGCACCACCAACCGGAGGAGAGAGGUUUGGGGCAGCUGGUGAGGGAAAUGCUAAUGUGAUGGGGUUUGCGCCACCAAUGCAUAACCCAAACCCACCACCACCACCACACCCAGUAUCCGGAGGGCCUAAGAAGAGGGGUAGGCCUAGAAAGAAUCCUCUAUAGACAAGGAGUUGGGAGUUUCUGCCCUCAAGAACUUUUAUGUGCGUCUAAAAUUUACCAGUUCAUAUGAUUGAUAUGUAUCAAGUUUGAGGGCAAAUGGUGUAGGUGAUUGUAGCUGUUUGCAGAUUUUUCUUAACUAUUCUGAUAUAAUAUGUUUAUCCCAGAAAUGGCUCUUGUUUGGAAUGUAAGCUAUCCGAAGCUGCUGAACUGCAAGUUGUUUCAUCCUGUUUGUACUCAUCAGUAAAAUUUGAAUGUUUGGCAGAUGGUGUUUCCAGCUUCAGAUUUUGUCUGGAUGAUGAUUGAUUAAUCCCUUGAGAGAAAUAAAAGUAUUUUAUCUUU